UGUUAACGGAAGGCCGAUUGAUCCUCAUCAGCCAACCGCCACCUGCCUGGUAGUUGAACCAGUUGCUCAAGGAAUGGAUGGAACUGCCCGAGGUAUGGUCAUGCAUCUGGAAAACCCCUCACCAUACACCAUACAACAGCAACAGCAAGCCCAACAGCAGGCUCAACAACAAGCACAGCAACAAAUGCAACAACAAAUACAGCAACAGCAAAUGCAGCAGGUUCAGCCAGUGCAACAAUUGCAGCAAGUUCAGCCAGUGCAACAAAUGCCGCAAGUUCAGCAAAUGCAGCCCAUUCAGCCAGUGCAGCAAGUUCAGCGGGUACCACAGGUUCAGCCAGUGCAGCAAGUUCCACAUGUGCAACCCGUGGCACCCCCAAAUCCUCUCUAUACUCCAGCUCCCCCUAUAGCUGCUGCCCCAGUAAACACUCCAAGUGUGGCCACUAUUCCUGCUCCGUUACCUCAAAUUCCUGCUCAGCCUUUUACUGCUCCUCCUCCUCCCACUGUUCCUCAGAUCCCAGUGGCUCCUGUAGACCCUAAAAAAAAUGCGGACCCUGAGUUUCUGGCAUUGCUGCAAAAAGAGGGCCUCUCAGAAAGCACCAUCACCUCUCUACUGCAGCAGGGCUUUGACUCCACUGCAAUGCUGGCUGUUAUGGAGGAAAAUGAUGUGCGUUCAGUGGCUCCAAACUUGGGACAAGCUCGGGUUCUGUCGCGUGUUGUGCUUGGUUGCAAGCGACCACCUGAAAUCCUUCCUGCUACCCCCCUGCAUCCCAAUGCUCCGGUCCGCGGCAGAUCCAACAGCUUUAGCCAUCGCAGUGACAUUUACGUGCAUCAGCCGCCACCCUUGACUCCGGGCAUGGAGUCCCAGUAUAUGCAGCCACCCUCUACCCCCAUGCAGACUAUAUCUCCAAGGAUGGGUGAAGGUUAUAGUCGCAGACCCAGCAGUGCUCCCUCCCAGCAUCUUCUUGAGACCAGUGGGUAUCCUGGAGCCAGGUCUGCAGGAGCAUACAGUGGUGCUGUGGUUCCAGUCCAGCCUCGCGCUUUAUCAGGCUACAAUCCUCAUGCUGGCUUGCCCAUGCCACCUAUGACUGCAAUGUCCCAACAGAUUCCAUCACAUCUACCAGGAAUGCCACCACAAAUGGCAGCUUUGCCAGCCACAAUCCAUGCAAUGCCACAGCCAUUGCCAGCAGUUCCCCAACCAAUGACUGUGCCUGCUUUGGCGCCGCAGCAGGCUCCAAAGGCAUACACCACCAACUAUACUGUACCAAUGGAGUUGAUGAAAAGGGAUCGGAGCUUGGCUACAAUGUCACCCAUGCCUAGUCCCCAUGUAAACCCACAAGUAAUGCGCAAGGCUGGAGUGUCCUCAGACAGAGCCCUAGUACCCGUUGGUGGUGCCUUCCCAGGCCAAAAUGUGAGUCUGUCUAAUCAGAAGCUCAGCCGGCGUACUGGACCUCCGGUCAUUGUCUCCACUAUGGCAUCGCCAGACACAAGUAUAAGGCCACAAAUCAUGAACGGUCCGAUGCAUCCUCGGCCGCUGGUCGCUCUGCUGGACGGGAGGGACUGUACCGUAGAGAUGCCCAUCCUGAAGGAUUUAGCCACUGUGGCGUUCUGUGACGCUCAGUCAACGCAGGAAAUACAUGAGAAGGUUGUGAACGAGGCGGUGGGGGCGAUGAUGUACCACACCAUCACUCUGACCAGAGAAGAUCUGGAGAAAUUUAAAGCCCUCCGAAUCAUAAUCCGCAUCGGUAGUGGAUAUGACAAUAUCGACAUUAAAGCAGCUGGAGAGAUGGGUAUUGCGGUGUGUAAUAUUCCAUCGGCCGCCGUGGAGGAGACGGCAGACUCAACGCUUUGCCACAUCCUGAACCUGUACCGGAGGAACACCUGGCUGUACCAGGCCAUGCGUGAGGGCACACGGGUCCAGAGCGUGGAGCAGAUCAGAGAGGUGGCGUCAGGGGCUGCCCGCAUCAGAGGAGAAACACUCGGACUUAUUGGCUUUGGCCGAUCGGGACAGGCUGUGGCUGUUCGAGCAAAAGCGUUUGGCUUCAGUGUGAUCUUUUAUGACCCGUACCUGCAAGACGGUUUAGAGCGAUCGCUGGGCGUCCAGAGAGUUUACACCUUACAGGACCUCCUGUACCAGAGCGACUGUGUGUCUCUCCACUGCAACCUAAACGAACACAAUCACCACCUCAUCAACGACUUCACCAUCAAGCAGAUGCGACAGGGAGCAUUUCUAGUCAACACAGCACGAGGGGGUCUGGUAGAUGAAAAAGCCCUGGCUCAGGCUCUCAAAGAGGGUAGGAUACGGGGGGCCGCCCUGGAUGUUCACGAGUCUGAACCCUUCAGUUUUUCUCAGGGUCCUCUGAAGGACGCGCCCAAUCUGAUCUGCACCCCUCACACGGCGUGGUACAGUGAGCAGGCCUCACUUGAGAUGAGAGAGGCAGCGGCCACUGAGAUCCGCAGGGCCAUCACCGGUCGUAUUCCAGACAGUCUCAGAAACUGCGUCAACAAAGAGUUUUUUGUGACUACGGCGCCGUGGGGGGUGAUGGAGCAGCAGGUACAUCCAGAGCACAACGGCGGAGCCUACAGCAGAGUGGCCCAGCCGCUACCAGCCGUUUCUCCUGGCGGCCUGCAAGACAAAAUGUAUACCUAAACAAUGACAGGUUUCCUCCUGGUGCGGUAGGUGUGUCUCCUGGUGGCAUGGGUGGACAGAUAGAGGGCAUGAUGCCCGGCGGGGUGCCCGG